UUUUCACAAUAACAGAACCUGUCAUUCAGUAUUUUUCUUGAAUCGUCCAACUUUCAUUUAAAUAAAAAAAACCAACACAACAAACACACACAUACACAUCAUAAAACACAGUCCAAUUUACGUAAAACACUAUCUUGAUAUUUCUCAACCCCUAUAUACUCGGAAACUAUAUAUUGAGAUAGAGACUGAGAUCUCUUUAUGUGGCAUAAUAUAAAGCACAGAAACAGCAUAUAUAUUAUCAUAUCAAACGAGAUAUAUAUGUUUGUUCUUUCUUUCUAGUCGUUUCAGAAUCUGAGAAAUCAGUGAAGUUGAUGAAGAUGAUGGAGACGAGUUUGAAUGUAACAGUUGCAGUUGUGGUGGCUCUGCUAAUGCUAACAUGUCAUGGGCAAGAGCAGCGGCUUCUCGUGCCCAUGACUCUGGUUCGGAACGCCUCUGCUCUCCAUGCCUUUUGCUUGGAUGGGAGUUUGCCAGCGUAUCAUAUUCACAGGGGAUUUGGAGCUGGGAAAAACAACUGGCUUUUACAAUUCGAGGGUGGUGGCUGGUGCAACAGCUUACAAUCAUGCUUGGAGAGAGCCAAAACGCGCAGAGGAUCAACAAGUCUCAUGAGUAAAUAUGAAGUCUUUUCUGGAAUUCUAAGCAACAAUGCUUCUCUAAAUCCAGAUUUUUACAAUUGGAACCGUGUGAAGCUUAGAUAUUGUGAUGGAGCCUCAUUUACUGGAGAUGCCAAAUUCCAAAAUGAGACGUCAUUGAUUUAUUUCAGAGGGCAAAAGAUUUGGGAAGCAAUCAUUCUUGACCUUCUACCAAAAGGUUUGGGGAAUGCGCGUAAGGCUUUGCUUUCUGGAUGCUCUGCUGGGGGUUUAGCAUCCUUUUUACAUUGUGAUAACUUCACCAACUACUUACCAAAGAAUGCCAGUGUGAAGUGCCUAGGUGAUGCUGGAUUCUUUCUUGACGAAAAAGAUAUUAGUUUGAAGCGCACUAUGAGGACCUUCUAUACAAAUCUUGUUUCACUACAGGGGGUAGAGCAGAAUCUGGAUACAAACUGCACCAGUUCCCUUAACACGCCUCAAUUGUGCUUCUUCCCGCAGUAUGCAUUGAAAUUCAUCACUACACCAUUUUUUAUCUUGAACUCAGCAUAUGAUACAUUCCAAUUUCAUAAUAUAUUGGUGCCAAAUUCUGCUGAUCCGCAUGGACACUGGAAUCGUUGCAAGCAGGAUCCGGCAGCAUGUGAUGCAAGCCAGAUAGAAACAUUGCAAGGUUUCAGGCGUGACAUGCUUUUAGCAUUGCGAGGGUUCCUCAAAGAUUCAAUAAGUGGGGGGAUGUUCAUAAAUUCAUGCUUUGCUCAUUGCCAAAGUGAGUCACAAGACACAUGGUUUGGAGUUGACUCCCCUAGAAUUCACAACAAGACCAUUGCAGAAGCAGUAGGUGAUUGGUACUUCAGCAGAAGGGUUUCCAAAGAGAUCGACUGUGCAUAUCCAUGUGACAGUACCUGCCACAACCUUAUACCAUCAACUCAGGUCCCGGCUAAGAAUCAAAGUUUGUUGAAAGGACAAAGUGCUUCUCUCAAGCUUCUUCAAAUUCUUGGUUAUUUGGUAGCUUUUUAAGGAAGAAGGGGAUAGUGAAAGUAAUUCUUUAUACACAAUGAUGGUUAUGACAUUUAUUUCCACAAUGAAAAUAAGGGAACAAGCAAAAAAAGGGAAAUAUUUUACAUGUUCUACAUUUUUUAAUUCACUUAGUCAAUUAAAGCUUCAUUGAUUUUAAUUCUUUUCCGGACACACAGAAACUAAGAGGCCUAUUUGGUUUGUUGGCAAAGACAAAGAAACAGAAUACAAUAUUGAAUUUCCACAACUGACUACAGAUUAUUCUUUGAAUGUCAUUGUCUUUGUAUCCCAUAGGCAUUUGAAAUGUAAUGUACAUCAUUGAGAAAUAAUUGUUUUGAGUUA